GCACAGCCUCCAUUUCCAGCACCUCACCAAUCCACAUGUUCCCAUCUGUUGCCUGGAGGCCCCAGCCUUUGGCUUAUAAGGUCCUUUGAUCCCCUGUAUCAGCAUCAGCUGCCUCGGCCGAUUCUUCUCCGAUCCAAGUCUGGCUCUUCCUUUCUCUGAUACUAUGAAGGCACUCCUGAGCACCUGUCUUGUUGUGGCCUUUUUUUCUCCAGUAGCAUCACUGAUAUGUGCUUCGUGCUUGAACUUAUUUGGGCCAUGUGUUAAUACCGAAAUGCAAGACUGCAAGGAUGAUGGAGAUAUCUGUAUUUCUCUCCAUUUUGAAGUUUCAUUGUUUCCUUUUUUAAAAAUCAAUUUUAAGUCAUGUGGCCCAGGACCAACUUGUCAAAAUGGCGACUAUCGUUCUACUACAGAGCAGAAUAUACAUUUUCGAGCAAUAAUGGAUUGCUGCGACGAAAACAUGUGCAACCAAGACAUUAAGAUAAAACCAUCAGUCCCCAAACUGGUUUCCAAUAAGCUCCUCUGUCCAGGCUGCUAUUACUUGGGGACAAAUAAUUGCACGUCGAAGGCAAAGAUCCCCUGCUAUGGUGAACAGACUCAAUGCAUGAAUGCAGCUGGUUCUGUCCAAAUAAAUAGAACAGUCCUCCCUCUUUCAAUGCCCUUCGCCCUCCAAGCUUGCACUACGCCAAACAUAUGUACCUUUCGAGUGCCACUGGAAUUUUCCAGCGGUGGAAAUAUAUUUAAACUGUCCAAAAUGAAUUGUAGCCCUGCUACCUUCAACAGCAGCAAACCGACCGAUGGCAUCGUGCCGGGCAGGUAGAAAUGUGCAAGGCCACCCCCUGCCAAUUCCACCAUGUAUCAGAGCAGAGAAGGAAGUUGGGGACGACGUGAUCAGCGCAUGAUGAGCCAGGACUCCUGGCUUUGUUAUUUGCACAAGGGGAUGUGAGUGGGUCUCCAGAGAGGGCAAAAGAAACUGGUGCAGAAAUUGGGAUUUGAGGGCUCUCGGUACUGGAAAACAGG